AUUGUCAAUUAAAUUUACCCUUCUGUCAAAGUAUAUACGCGAUGAUACUUUGACAGUUUUUCAAGAGUGAAAGACACCGAUUAGUGCUACCUUUUAUCGAGAGAUUUUAUCAAAUCAUAGUUGUAUUUAAAUUGAUAUUAAGAAAAUGGAUAUUGAAUACAAAUUCCUGAAAGAAAUCGACUGCAAACAAGGGGCUGUCAGAGCUGUACGAUUCAGCGUUGAUGGUUCUUAUUGUGUAACGUGCGGAUCGGACAGAAAAAUAAAGCUAUGGAACCCAUACAAAUCAGUUACGUUAAAAACAUAUGGUGGACAUGGGGACGAGGUUAUGGACGCCUGUGCGUCCUGUGACAGCAGCCAAAUCGUGUCCUGUGGUCUGGAUAAAUCUGUAAUCCUCUGGGAUGUAGCAACUGGUACGCCUGUACGCCGCUUCAGAGGUCAUGCAGGUCCAGUUACAACAGUAAGAUUCAACGAAGAAUCAUCGAUGAUAAUCUCUGGUUCUCGUGACAACAGCGUUAUGUGUUGGGAUGGACGUUCCAAAGCGCAAGAAGCAGUACAAUCACUGAAUGAUGCCAAAGAUUCUAUUUCGAGUGUGAGAGUUUCAGAUCAUGAAAUCUUGUCUGCUUCUUUUGAUGGCAAAGUACGUACUUAUGAUAUACGUAUAGGAGAACUAUGCGCAGAUUAUAUGGGAGAUGCAAUUACAUGCGCCAGUUUUACCAGAGAUGGCCAAUGUCUAGUCGUCAGUUGUGCAGAUGAUGUAAUUAGAUUAAUCGAUAAAGAUUCGGGAGAACAACUUGGUGAAUUCAGAGGCCAUACCGGAAAAGAUCUAUGUUUGGAAUCAAGCGUAGAUUACCAAGAUACAAAAAUUCUUUCGGGAUCGGCGGAUGGAAAGUUAUGGAUUUGGGAUCUUGUCUCUCAAAAUGUGGUUGCAAAUCUCUCAGGACUUAAGCCAACUAAAUAUGCUACUGUAUCUAUAAGUGUUCAUCCACAGAAGAAUUGCUUUUUAGCCUCCAAUGGAUCUAAUGUGUUAAUGUGGAGUACUUUAUCUCAUACAGAUGAUGAGUAAUACUAAAAUUUGUACCAUUAUAAAGAUAAUGUAAGUUUUCAAAAUUUAUUAUUUGCAAACGUUUUUAUC